UCAUCGCAAGCACCGCGAGUGACAAUGAUUGCCAAGGGAAAGCCACAAUCGUCGUCAGAGAAGGAGCAGACUAGGAGCAAGAACAACAUCACAGCAUUCACCGCCAUUUACUCAUAUCAUCGUCGUGUAUGCAUCAUCGUAAUCUUCAUCUUGAUUCUCAUCGUCUAUUCACACUACGAUACAACAACCACGGCUCCCAUGCAGACAAAGAAACACCAAAAGAGUAGCGAGGGCUCUAACCACCUUCGGUCCAUCUUCCUCCCGUACAUCUACGAAUUCGAAUCCAAAGAAGUCCCCCUGGUCCGGACCACUAUCCAUGGUGUCGACAUCGAAAUGCCCAUCGAUACCGGCUCCACAGGGCUGUUGAUCGGCGCACCGGUGCUCCCUGAUAUCGACCCUACGCAGGGCACCCCGGCGUAUCACUACCUAACAAGCAGCAACAUCCUGUAUGUCGGUCGACUUGUCCCCUUGUCGGUCGAGUUCCAUGGGUCGGAAGAUUCUCGUGCCAUCGCCCAUGUGCCUGCUCUUGUCGUGGACCGAAGUUAUAUCUGUCCGUGGUACGAUCCCAGCAAUGAUACUUUUGACUGCCCACGCGGCGAGAACGGGGAAGAACCUAUAUCGCGUGACACGUCGCAUAUCAUGUACAUGGGGAUCGGGUUCUCGAGAAACAUGCCGGGCAACGGGCAGCCAGAUGCGAUACCGGCGCGAAAUCCUUUCUUGAACAUUGUUUCGAUAGACGGAGUGAACACCUCUUCGUCGACACUCAAAACCGGCUACAUCGUCUCGUCGUAUGGAGUGGAAAUAGGGUUGACGGAACACAACGUAUGCGGCUUCUCAUUCGCCUCGCUUGAGCCGGGGGUGACACACGACGAGGAUCCGCGGGAUUGGGCCAUGGUGCGAUCCAACUUCAGCGUCGACGGACAGACAGGAAGCUUCGGGUAUGGGUUGGUCGAUACGGGCGUCUCCCAAAUGUACCUCAGGGCCGAAGAGGGUGUUUCCGUCCCCACAAUAUGGAUCCCCAACCCAAAUCCAAAUGGUACGGCAAAGAAGGUCGAGCGUGUCCGUCCAGGGACGCAAAUAGACAUCGACUUCAUCUCUUCGAAAGGUGACAAGGUUAUGGGGUAUGGGUUUGUGGUAGGAGAGCCAUCAACAAUGCACCCAGCGUCCGUCAGGCCAGCGAAGCGCACGCCACCGCCCUUUCUAAACACCGGACGGAACUUCCUGUUUGGAUAUUCGGUUGCGUUCGAUGCUGUGGAAGGGCGAUUUGGUUUCCGUCCUGCCCGCGGCCUAACAGCUUCCACACAAGCUGCUACCACGAACUCCAUCCGCUCUCUGCUCGCGUAG